GGAAAGGUGGGAAAUGUGGCCCACCUCCAGUUAUUGAAAAUGGAGAUCUUCUGUCCUUCCCCAUGCAAGAAUAUCCACAAGGUACAACUCUGGAAUACAAAUGCCCAAGUCUCUACAUCCUGGAAGGAUCUCAGUAUAUCACCUGUGCUGAUGGGCAGUGGACAAGCCCCCCGGUUUGCCUCGUGGCCUGUACAGCAUCUGAAGAAGACAUGGAGAGAAACAAUAUUCAGCUGAAAUGGAUCAUAGGAAGAAAGCUGUAUUCCAGAUCGGGUGACUUUAUAGAUUUUCAGUGUAAAAGAGGUGCUGAAGCCGAGGGGAAAGCCUUCAGCUUUCCCUUGGGGAGCAGCCAGGGUGUGGGAGCAUCCUGUAAGCUGCAGGCAGUGAAGGGCAGUGACCCCAAGAAGCCAUUGACCAGCGUAACAGAGCUGGAAAGGCUGCUGGGGAAAGGGCUCUCGGGGGUUUGCAGCUG